GUCUAUGUUUUUCUCAAUGGGGGCUAAUUUGUGUUAUGGGGACUUUUCACAAACACUUGGUGAGUCAAUGAAUCAAGCAUAUUUGGUCCAAGACAGCAAUGGUUCUCCUCCUAGUGAUUCAAUGCCAUGUAUCAAGAAACUCAUGCCUUGUGAACCAUACCUUGGAAAGCCAACAACUCCGCCGGCAUCAUGUUGCGUGCCGUUGAAGGAGAUGGUGAAAGAUGAGAAGCAGUGUUUGUGUGAUGUCUUCAACAAUGCUGCUUUCUUGAAGUCUCUCAAUAUCACUCAAGAGAUUGCAUUGCAACUACCCAAAGCUUGUGGUGCUCCUGUUGACAUUUCUGUUUGCAAGAAAGGAGCAUCAUCACCACCUUCUGGUUCUCCAGCAGUUCCAUCGCCACCAUCUAGUUCUCCGGCAGUUCCAUCACCACCAUCUGGUUCUCCAGCUCCUCCUAAAUCUUCUGAUAACAGUUCUUCUUCUUCUUCGAGCAGUAGCAGCCCCAAAGCAGCAAGUGCAGGAUAUGCAAUCAGUCGUAAUAUCUGGGGACAUGUCUACAUGGUCUUGUUCGCGGCUUUAAUUUUUUCAGCACUCUAGGCUCUCAUGAUCAGUUGUCAUAUUCUUCUUCGCAGUGAGGACUAGCCGUCUAGUUUUUAAUUUAAUUUAAUUUUAUUGUUCUGUCAAAAAUUUCGAAGUAUUGACUAGUUGUUUGGACUUGUGUGGUCGUUCAUUUUUGGAGCUCAUGUAGCUGUUGCUAUAACUAUGAGCAUAAUUUGAGUUUGAAAUUAG